GACGUCAUAUUGUAGUCCAUUUGACCCUCAGAUGCCGGAGAAUCCAUUUGCAGUUUGUUAGCUAACGUUAAUCUGCUGAAAGUUGUGUAACGAGGAAAACAAAAAGGACACCCCGCUCGCAGGAGGACUCGUUCGAUAGAGGGACUCUCUCCUCACACAGCAAACAUCCUUCUAAGCUCCUACAUUUGAAUUUAAUAAUGUUUUCACUGUCAACGUCGUUUCAGCCACAGCAGAUGAUAGUGCCCAUCAGCCAGCUCAUCAACGCCCUCCACUCUCUGAAGAGCUCGGCCACAGCUUCAGUACAGACACUGCACAAAGACUACAUUCCAGAGCACAGUUCCUAUCUUAAAGAGCCCAGUGUGAGUCUGAGGGAUCUGGGCCUGUCAGAGAUCCGGGUGAGUCAGCUGGACGAGCUGGUCAGCAGGUUGUUGCCUCUACCGGGAUCAGAAGAACCUCCUGCUGUUUCCUCCGUAUGGAGGUCAAGUCACGUUUCUGCCGACAGCUUCUUUCACAACAAGCACGGGUUUUCACACAGAAGGUUGGGAGUGUUUGGCUCCCAUAUACUGCACAGACAACACCACGGUCCUCUAAGAGAAGCUUGCUCAGAGCUACAAUUCUUGCCUAUAUGGGUCCAGAGUCGGGGUUUCAAGACUCUCCAAUCAAAGACCAGACGGACAAGGUCCAGUUAUGACGGUCCGGUGGAGUCAGAGGCCUACAUGCCAUCCUUCAUGAAGGGAUUUCUUCAGAGGGAAAAGAUACCAGAAGCACAGUCACUGGACCAGCUGACGAAGCAACAGAACCUUCCUGUUAACCAGCAUGAAGCCUUCAAGUCGGGUUUCACUGAGGGGUUCAUGAAGUCUCAGGCCUAUACUCAGAGAACACAAGACUCGCUGAGGAGAACCAGGUUGAUCCUGUUGGUCUUUCUACUUCUUGGUAUUUACGGCUUAUCAAGAACCCCGUUUCUCUCGGGUAAAGGCUCCUUUUCUGAUGCUGUGAGGUUCCGCACCACAUCUGGUCUCGACUCGGCGGUCGACCCCAUCCAGGCGAAGAAUGUGACAUUUGAGAAUGUCAAAGGCGUGGAGGAGGCGAAGAAUGAAUUGAAAGAAGUCGUCGACUUCCUCAAGAACCCCCAGAAAUUUACUGUUCUGGGUGGAAAGCUGCCGAAAGGGAUCCUCCUGGUCGGUCCACCGGGCACAGGAAAGACUCUGUUGGCCCGGGCCGUGGCCGGAGAGGCCGACGUGCCUUUCUACUACGCCUCCGGAUCAGAGUUCGAUGAGAUGUUCGUGGGCGUCGGUGCGAGUCGAAUCAGGAACCUUUUCAAAGAGGCGAAAUGUAAUGCUCCCUGUGUCAUCUUCAUUGACGAGUUGGACAGCGUCGGCGGGAAAAGAAUCGAGUCUCCGAUGCAUCCCUAUUCUAGACAAACCAUCAACCAGCUGCUGGCUGAAAUGGACGGGUUUAAACCAAAUGAAGGAGUCAUCGUUAUUGGCGCUACAAACUUUGCAGAGGCUUUGGAUAACGCUCUGGUGAGGCCAGGGAGGUUCGACAUGCAGGUUACUGUCCCUCGCCCCGAUGUGAAAGGACGCACGGAAAUUCUCAACUUGUACCUCUCCAAGAUCAAAAUGGACCCUGCCGUGGAUGCGGCGAUUAUUGCCCGGGGCACAGUGGGCUUCACCGGGGCCGAGCUGGAGAACCUGGUGAACCAGGCCGCCCUGAAGGCAGCCAUGGACGAGAAAGACAUGGUGUCAAUGAAGGACCUGGAGUUCGCUAAGGACAAGAUCAUCAUGGGCCCCGAGAGGAGGAGUAUUGAAAUCGACAAGAAGAACAAGACCAUCACAGCCUACCAUGAGUCCGGCCACGCCAUUGUUGCCUUCUACACCAAAGAUGCAAUGCCCAUCAAUAAGGCCACGAUCAUGCCUAGAGGCCCAACUCUCGGCCAUGUGUCCAUGCUCCCUGAGAACGACCGCUGGAGUGAGACCAGAGCCCAGCUGCUGGCUCAGAUGGACGUCAGUAUGGGCGGUCGAGUAGCAGAGGAGCUCAUCUUUGGAGACGAAUACAUCACCACUGGAGCCUCCAGUGACUUCGAUGGAGCAACCAAAAUAGCAAAGAUGAUGGUGACCAGGUUCGGCAUGAGUGACAAGCUUGGUGUGAUGACCUACGGUGACGUGACCAAGCAGAGCCCCGAGACGCAAGCUAUCAUCGAACAGGAAAUCAGGGCGUUGCUGAAUGACUCGUAUGAACGUGCCAGAAACAUCCUGAAGACUUACAGCAACGAGCACAAGAAGCUAGCGGACGCCCUGCUGGCCCAUGAAACUCUGGAUGCCAAAGAGAUCAAGCUGGUGCUGGAGGGCAAAUCACUGGAGCAGAUGAUACCUCAGUAGAGACUUUAGACUCUUGUAUCAUGUAUAUACGAAGCUGUGCAAACGACCCACGGGCCUUUUGGAGGCCUUGUAUUUCAUUUGUAUUCCUCUUAUUUUAUCUAUGUGAAGAUGACACUGAAAUGAUGUUUCACCCCUAAUUUUUGUUUUCAUUUGUCUUGCAUUUCCUAUAGAGAAGACUUCUGGUUUCACAGCGAUUUUUAAAGCACCCAGUGUAAUGGGAUGGAAAUACAUAUUCUACUAAAGUUCACAAGGUGUGUGAGGGGCUUGUUGUCCUUUUACUCUGAAGACGGAUGGUUUCUGUAGUUUUAUGCAUCGGUCAUAUUUGGUCUCAUAACAAGGUUCUCAGGCAAAUGCAUUUGACAAAGCUCACAGUUGAUCAAGAUGAGAUGAAUGAUUUCAUGUACGUCUGUCUCAUUUUAAAUUUGUACAGACUGGUGAGCACCAUAGGACCUUAAAGUACCUCAAUCUAGAAUGUACCAUUUGGCUGUAGCACGGUACAGGUGAUACCGCUGUUCAUAUGUAGUUUAUUUCUCUAACUGAUGUCUUUCAGUUGCAUCAAUUUAGUUUCUUAUUUAUUUAAGUGCCCAAAGGUGUUUUCUUUUUCUGAAAUUAGUGAGAGGCCCUGAUGCCCUAUUUUAAGCUCACAUGUAGCUGUUAAAUGAGGGGAAAUGUGUAUGUAUGCGUGUAAAAUGACUGACUUUGCUUCAGUUUGUUCCUUUUAAAAGGCCUUCUUGGAGCUCAAAUAAAGGUUACCUUUACUCAUG